AUGCUGAUCAGAGACUGCACUGAAGCCUUCUCACAGAGAGAAGAUGAAGAAACUGUGAGAUUCUGCAGACUCAACUCAGCAGCAUCUCAAGCAGGACUCAGAUGUGUGAGAGAGAAACUACAGAUUGAGCUUCUUGAAGUCACUGUCUCUGAAAUCAAGCUCUUCCUGAGUUUCUCUCUGAAUGAUCACACAGGGUUAUACAUCACUGUAUUAGCUGAGAGGGGGGGCAGCGUUGCAACAGCGGUGAAGAGGGCAGAGGACAGACUGAAUGCAGAUGCAUCAACUGACAGAACUGCUGCAGCUGUAAGAGAAGCAGAAGAAGGUGUGACAAUGAAAGUGAUACUCCCACAGCUCAUUGACAUCAUCAUCUUCAACCUGGCUUUCUUGACAGUCAUGAAGGCCGCUGCCACAUCAUGA